AAUCAGGUCAACUGGUACACGCGCACUGAGCGUUCACCGAGUAGGACACAGGAAGCUUCUCCGCUAAAAAUGGCAUCUGCACGGCAGUCUCUCCCAGGAAUAACUCUCAAAUCUUUGCUAGAAAAUCCCGAGCUUCAAAUUUCGCCGCUGGCAAAUGAAGGAAAACACGUAAAGGAGAAAGAGGCAGACAAAGAAUUACCAGAAAUUGAUUUUAGUUCUGCUUUUUUGGGUCCUCAUCUCUGGGAGAAAACAUAUGAUGCAAGUGAUUUUGAUUUGGAGUAUAUGGACCUUGAUGAAUUUUUGGGUGAAAACAGUAUUCCUCUUGAGGAUUCUACUCUUGGUCAGAAGAAAUGUUCAUCAGCUAUCCCCAGUCAACAUUCCAGUGUACAUUAUUACCCUAAAGAAAACAUUGCUAGUGAUGUGCAGGACCUUCAGAAGACACCGGCACAUUCAUGUCCUUCACUUCUUUCUCCAUCAACUUCUUUUGGCAUCGUUGCCAAGGAGAGUCUCUCAGUUGCAGGUGCCACAGGAUCUCUGUCCCCUGGAACUUCAUCAGGCUCAACCCCACCUUCAAGUCCUCUGCCCGUCAAAAUACAAUUCCAUUGCACAGAGCAGGAUAUUGCUCUUUCAUCUGUUCCUGGUCAAAAGGAGUUUGACCCUCGUCACAGCAAUUUCACUGAUGAAGAGCUAAAGCCUCAGCCAAUGAUUAAAAAGUCAAAGAAGAUGUUUGUUCCCGAUGAUAUGAAAGAUGAAAAAUACUGGGCUCGUCGCAAGAAAAACAAUAAUGCUGCGAAACGAUCACGUGAUGCCCGCAGAGUUAAGGAAAAUCAGAUUGCAUUAAGGGCAUCAUAUUUGGAAAGAGAGAACAAAUGUCUGCGUAAAGAGAUGGAAAAGAUUCAUCAUGAGAAUGCCAAACUGAGAGAGCGUUUGAGAAAAUAUGAACCAGAGCUCUUGAAAAAUCUCCCUUAAAGACGAAAGAAGAUAUAUAGAUAUGUAGCACAACACUUAUUUUUUAUUCUCCGUCUAUUGCUUACAAAUAUCUGUUAAUAGUUUUUGAAUCAUUAUCUUAAUAAUCUCAUUUUAUUAUUUUUGACUUGUACAGUUCAUUAACCCUAGAUGUCCAUGAUGGUGGAUAAAGUGUUAAAUUCUCUCUGGCUGUACUAACAACAUAAUCUUUUAUGAAAUGUUAACCCAGGUGCAAUGUGUUAACUAAAAAUGACUUGUACAGUUGAUCAACUCUAGAUGUCAGUGAUGGUGGAUAAGAUUUUAAGCUCUCUGUUGCUGUAGUAACCAUAAUCUUUUAUUAAAUAUUAAUCUCAGGUGCAAUGUUUUAACUAAACAUUAGUGCAUUUCAAAAAAAGAAAAAUUAUUGUCAGUUCUGCCUGGAUGGAGCAUAGCAGCAUUUCUGCUAUGUGCAUACUUUAGUAUUUCUCACUUAUCCUCAAUUACACAUAAUUUCUUAUGCAGUAUGCAGUUUUAUUUCUACUUGUAAUGCACUUUUGUGCAGAUCCAGUUUGUUAUUAGUUUUCUUGCAACGGAAGACAAUAUUGUAGUGUGAAUAAGAAAUAGAAACAUUCAUGUCUGCUGAAGGUGAGAGAGUCAUUCUAAAUUGUUUGACAUGGAAAUUUUAGAGUUAACAUUUGGUAGCAAGUAUAGACUCCUUGUACUUUUUGCCUGAAUUAAAAAAAAAUCAUUUUG